ACCCAUUUUUUUCCCCCAGUUUUGAAAUUGUUGCUUAUUGCUGGUUCCCUCUCUGGUUCUGCCCAUGAAAGUAAACGAGAAGAAGAAUGGCAUUAAUGGGAGAGGACGGGCGAGGCUAUGAGCUUGCGGGGAAGCUGGAGAGCUGGGGUGUGUGGCGUUCAUGGCUGGGCGAAUCCAAUUACACCAGCGUCGUUCAUUUCCUCGCCUCCCCGUCGACAUGGGAAGCUUUCCUGAAGACCGAAGAUUCUAAAACUAGGGCUCAGAUCCAACUUCAGCUGAGGGUUCGUGCUCUCCUCUACGAUAAAGCCAGUGUCUCCCUCUAUCUUCGCUCUCCUCCCUCUUCUUCGUCGUCAUCAUCAGCUGCUGCUUCUUCUUCGUCUUCUUCCACUGCUGCUGCUGCUCCUUCUUGGAAGAUCAAUCACUCAUAUUUGCAGUUACAUGAGGAUGAUGUGUACUUCUCUUUAGAAGAUGAUACGCGAAAUGGAGUGGUUCAACCACCUGAAGGCUCAAUUUCCAGUAAUUCAAUACAGUCUAAGAUCCAAUCAAAGCAUUCCUUAAGUGUUGGAUCAAGAUAUGUUGAACCGGAGGUUGAUAAUAUAUCUGACGAGUCUGGUCAUUAUGACUUGCCGGAAUCAUGGUACAAUCAGUUUACUAAGAAGUACAGAGCUAGUAGACUUAAUAUUUUGGCCCUUGGGGAUCAAGAACCACACAAUAGAACGGCUGAGGGAAUGUCUACAUACCUCAGACGUCUUGAGAAGCAUAAGAGGAAGCGGCAAGCAUAUAAAGAGGAUCAGUAUGUGGGUUUUGGGAAUCCUGUUUUGGAGAAAGGAUCAAACCUGCAUUCAGUUUCUGCUUCAGAUGGAAAUAACUUAUUGGAUGAUGAAACAUCAUUUUUCCCUGAAAUAAUGUUCCCAUUGAACUGUGUGCCUGAUAGUGCACUCCCUCCCGCAAGUAGAGCAGAAGACAACAAAAAAAUAGAGUUUUAUGGGGUACUUGACUGCUUACCUCCUGUUGUGACUCGGAGUCCUGCAAUGAUGGAGAGGUUUGGUAUAAGGCCUGACUACCUAAGAACUGGUUUUGAGAGAAGUAAAUAUAGGGGAAAGAAUGGGCUUGAGGGGAACAAGAGACCUCUGGGCCAAGAACAAGCAUUGCAGAUGUCUCACAAGGUGAUAGCUCAUGUAUUGACAGGUGUGGGGUUUGAAAGUGCAAGUCAAGUUUCAAUGGAAGUGUUGUCACAGCUUCUCAGCUGUCAUAUCUGUAAACUUGGUCAUAUCUUGAAAGCCCUCACCAAUAAUUAUAGAAAGCAGUGUUCGGCCAUUGAAAUUCUCAAAAUGUUCCUUCAGACAGCAGGGUAUAGUAAUCUUGGGGCUUUAGUGGAGCAUGCAAAGGAUGGUAACAGGACAAUUACACACCCAGCACCGCAACAUCUAAGAGAACUCCAAUCAGGAUUCCAGUCACAGCUUCAGAGUCCCAUUCUACAACCGCAGCAAUUACUGCGACAAAUGCAUCCUCAAAUGCAGAUGCAGAUGAUGCAUCCCCAGAAUAUGGCUUUUCAGCAGCAGCAAGGGGACAGAAUGCAAAGACACCAACCAUCAACUCCUCGCUCUGUUAUGAGUAUGGAUAAAGAAAGACCCAUGUUGGAAGUUAAGAUUGAGAACCCAACUGACUUGCCAAUGGAUGGGAACUCCAUGGUCAAUGGUAGACACCCCCAGAUGCAGUUUCGGCAGCAGCAAAUGGGUGGUAUGGCCAACCUCCCUGCUCAAUCCAGACAUCAGUUUAAGCAAUUGGCUUCCCUUCAAAUUCCUCAACUCCAAACACAGAACAUGGUCAUGGUAAGGCCCCCACCAGUGAAGGUCGAGGGAUUUCAGGAGUUGAUGGGCGGGGAUGCAACAUUGAAGCAUGAUUCUGAAGAGCACAAGCUAAUGUCCCCUUCCAAAUAGUGAUUCUGGUCGGAUCUGACUAGUAUUUGGGGUUUGCCCCGGAUGUACUGCCAUCACUAAUCUCAUGGAAUUCGACCUCUCUUCCGUUCUGCCUCAUGAUUGAGUAGCUUCAUCGCCAAGAGCCUCGUAAUUAGCCAUCAUUCAGAGUAGGUACA